GGGGGGAAAAAGGUGGAAAUUAAAAAUAAAACCAACGGUCCAUUCACGUCAUCACAAGUGGACGGCAGAGUACGCAAUUGUAAACAACGAGUGACGUCACCUCGGCGGGCGACGAAGCUUCGCGUACAAAAAAAAGAAAUGCCGCGGUUCGGGUCGGCAGGUUGCUAAUGUCUCCGGGUGUCUUCAUGUGGAUCGUUGCGGGUUUUUUUAAACACGUGUAAAAUUCUGUAAAAACUGAACUUCUUAUCUCUUCGGUUGUCAGGUACAGCAGCAACAAAAAACGAGAUAUUGAACCAUUAAAAUCAAUACGAGGACCGGUAAGACUGCUGCUUUACACAAGUUAGCAAGUCGUACAGAAAAUUAAGCAUUUAAAUUUAAUUUUGCUGAACCAGGGGAGUAAAACAUGACAACUCUAACGAGGCAAGAUCUCAAUUUUGGGCAAGUGGUUGCUGACAUUCUGUGUGAAUUCCUGGAGGUCGCUAUUCAUCUCAUCCUGUAUGUCCGUGAGGUUUAUCCCUCUGGGAUAUUUCAGAAGCGAAAGAAGUACAACGUGCCUGUGCAGAUGUCAUGUCACCCAGAGCUGAAUCAGUAUAUCCAAGAUACACUACACUGUAUAAAGCCACUCAUUGAAAAGAACGAUGCAGAGAAGGUGGUUGUGGUCAUCAUGGACAAAGAGCAUCAUCCAGUAGAGAGAUUUGUUUUCGAGAUUUCCCAGCCACCACUGCUCUCCAUCAGCUCAGACACGUUGCUGUCACACGUGGAGCAGCUGCUGAGGGCGUUCAUCCUGAAGAUCAGCGUGUGUGAUGCUGUUUUAAAUAGUAAUCCACCAGGGUGUUCGUUUACAGUACUAGUACAUACCAGAGAUGCUGCUACUCGCAAUAUGGAGAAGGUUCAAGUAAUUAAGGAUUUUCCAUGGAUAGUCGCUGAUGAGCAAGAAGUCCACAUGCAGGAGCCUAGACUCAUUCCACUAAAGACUAUGACUUCUGAUAUAGUAAAGAUGCAGCUGUAUGUGGAAGAGAGAGCCCAGAAAACAUAGAUGCUUUCUUAGCAGAAACCAUGCUGCAGGAGAUAAUCUGUGACACCAGGGAAUCCCAGGCAGAAUCUUCAACACAGCCUAUCAGUGCUGAAUUGAUGAGUUGUUGAGGAACACAUGGGGAGAGAGUGAUGUUCCCUGUGAAAUGUAUUUUUAUGAGGUCCAUUAACUUUGCUUCUGGCGGCGUUAAAGGUUGGACUCGCACACUGGGUUGAUAGAAGUCCUUUAUCAUCAGCGUGGGCCAUUUUCUCAUUCCACAUAAAUGCGUGAUUAUGGUUCUGUUUGUGAAAUUCUGGGCCGUUGGUUAAAAUGUAUAUAUUUUUAAUUUAUUUCCCGUUAUGUGCCAGGAAAGUCUUUCAGCUCUUCAUCACACUCCACUGCUAAAUAUCAUCCUUUUUGCUGAUAGCAGUCAAGUCUGAUAUUGUCAUGAAUGUGGUCAGUGUAGCUGUGCAUCCGUGCUGAUACGUAAUGUAUUUUGUUGUUUUUUGAAUGGAGAUUUUUAGGGUGGAAGAGUAACAUCUGAAAUCUGAAUCUUUUAACAAGUUGAAGUCAUACAAACAGGUGGUUAAUUCCACCAAGGGGCAAAAAACAAACCAAGUGCUACAGGAGGAAAUCUAACAAAAACCAAUAAUGUGCGAGAAAUAAACUAACACAGGGAAAAUGGGGAAAACAGUUUGUCUUUGUACAACCGAGCUGUCUGCUUUCAAUCUGCCGUUUGGGAAAUGAUGCACAGGAGGUCUAAAUACCACGGAGACCGAUUAGCUACAUGAAGUGUCUCACAAAGUAGUUCUGGCACAAGAAUAUGAGUUUUCCUGUCUGACAGCAGAUCAUUUAUGGUCUGCAUAACAAUAGCUAGAAUACCACAUUAACACAAGAUCUUCAGCCUUGCAUGCAACUGAACUGUUUACAAUGCUUUUAAAUGUAAAUGGUUGGUAUUGUUUGCACAAUGAUUCAUAGGCAUUAACUUUCAUGUCAGUUUAGCCCUUAAUAAACUUAAAGCUUAAACUUAAUUUGUAUCGUUUGCAGGAUUGUGUCAUAUGAAACCAAAAGACACUUCAUAGAUUUAAAAUAUUAAAAUGAUCUGAUACCACACGAACACGACAGGCUCUCUAAAGUUCAGUUCAUUAAGAAAACACAGAGGUUGUGUUCUUUUAUGAAAAACAGAGAUAGCUUAGAUUGAGUUGAGGUUUAAAAAUAGAUCACUUUUUAGCAUAAAAGUAAAAAAGUAGGUUUUUAAACAUCCAUUUUGUCUUUACUGCUUAUGUACUGGAGUAUGUGUGUGGAGUAGAUGUGUUAAAUACAAAUGUAUUAAAGGAAGCUGAGAUCCAAAACUGUUGAAGCUGCAGUUGUUCAGAACAGUUGGGAAGAAACUGAACAAAAGCAGAAGGUCUGGAUGAGUUUGAGUGUCACUAAAAGACCAGCAGUAGCAAACAUUAAACUUACUCAGUCAACUUCCACAGUGGCUGAUCUUCAAAUGACUCACAAAUGUUUGUCUAAACUAUUGCUCACCCUCAGUCUAAACCAAGGUGAUCUAAGACUCCUGCAGUCCACAGAAAUACCACAGUCAGUAGAUCCAAAGGUAUCUCCUGCCCAAAGGAGUUUAUCUCUAGUUAUCAGUUUGGACAAAAAAACAGCCUGAUAUUUUUGGAGAAGGAUAUGAAUGAAUAUUUUACACUUCAUAGAACAUCAUGUAAUGAUAUAACUCCAUUUUCAUGUGCUGUAGUAUCAGUAUGAACCAUGAAUUUGUAGAUUUUCUGAUCACAAUAAAUCCGAUUCAGUCACAGCUCA